AGUUACCUACUCUAUCAGUUCUUUAAAGGGACAAUAUAUAACCUGAAUACAACACGUUACAAAUGUUUUUCUACUGAAACGGAAAAUUCUCGACCUCCCCUCUUCCGUGCGGUACAUGAUGCCGGCCUAUCCAUCUUCUAGCGCGGAGGAGAAGGAGGUUGUUGAUGACGUCUCGCUUGUGGAAGUUGUCAGCGUUUUGGUUAAGCUACUGUGUGCAGGAUUUGCAUUGACUGCCGCGCUGUAUCUCUUUCGUAGUGUCUGUGUAGCUAUGGCCUGGAAAUCAGGAGGCGCAAGUCAUUUCGAACUUGUCAACAACCUCCGCAAAAAUGGGAUAAUAAAGUCAGAAAAUGUUUUUGAUGUAAUGAUGAAAACAGACCGUGCCCAUUAUUCAAAAUGUAACCCAUAUAUGGAUUCUCCUCAGUCUAUAGGUUUCCAAGCAACAAUAAGUGCACCACAUAUGCAUGCAUAUGCUUUAGAACUCCUCCAUGAACAAUUGCAUGAAGGUGCAAAGGCGCUUGAUGUAGGGUCUGGUAGUGGAAUCCUUACUGCCUGCUUUGCAAGAAUGGUUGGGCCCAGAGGAAGAGUUGUAGGAAUUGACCACAUAAAAGAGCUGGUAGAUGAUUCCAUCAAUAAUGUUAAAAAAGAUGACCCUACAUUAUUGUCUUCAGGGAGAGUAAAGCUAAUUGUUGGUGAUGGUCGACUUGGGUAUCCAGAAGACGGCCCUUAUGAUGCUAUUCAUGUAGGAGCUGCAGCACCAGUUGUGCCACAGGCA